UGCAUUGAAGUCAGCGCUAGUGUAUGACGUGGCAAAGGAUUAGUGGGCCCCACUGCCUGACAUGGCAAGGGAGAGCGAUGAAUGCAAAGGAGUAUUCCACCGUGGUAAGUUUCAUGUCAUGGGCGGGUACUGCACAGAGAUGCAAGGCAGGUUCGAGAGGAGCGCGGAAGCCUUCGAUUUUGCCAACUGGGAGUGGGACAAGGCAGAGGAGGAUUUCCUGGAAGACAGCACGUGCCCGAGGACCUGCGUGGACGGUGGUGACAUGGGGAUGUACAUGUGUCAUGCGGGUGAGGUGGUGACACUGCAGGACUCCAGAUGGCAGACAGUAGACAGAUUGCCAGCUGAGAUUCGCCACACAGCUUACAUGACAACAUGGGAGGGGAAGCUGUUAGUGAUUGGGUGCAGAAGCUUUGGUGAAGCCCAUGUGGCGUACAUGUUGGAUUUGAAGAGUCGCAGGUGGAGGAAAUUGGUGGCGCCGGAGGAAUUUUGUGGUCAUGUUCAGUCAGGUUGCUGUUUGGAGAUCUAAAUGCUCCGGAAUGAAAGCUCUCUUUCAUUCAUCAGUUGGUGCCAAAACCAUUGCACAAAUAAACCUUUUUAUUGGGGAAGAAAU